ACCACCAAACACUAGCAAUGAGAUCGAAGUUUCUUCCAACGCUGCUCCCCGCGAUAACCGUUCUCUUGGUCAUGCAGGCCAUAUCACGGAUGACGACCGUGGCAGUGGACCAACGGUCGCCACGACGUCGGAUCGCACUCCCCGGAUGCCCCGACAAGUGCGGCGACAUCAGCAUCCCUUACCCGUUCGGCACCAAAGAAGGCUGCUACUUGGACAUCAACUUCAUCGUCCUCUGCAACCUGUCCACCACGCCCCCCGCCACCGCCGCUGGAACCAUCAUUCUGAAGGGUAACGGCUACUACUUCGGGGACCAGGAAAAUCCGGUGGGCGUCCAGACCAACAAAUCCUGGUGGACCGUGGAUCUCAUCGACAUCGACGUGACGCGGGGCGAGGUGCGGGUGGCCGUGCCGGUCAGCUCCGACUGCAGCACUAACGAGAGCUACCACGAGCUCAGCAUCUUCACCCAAAGCCUCAACUUCUCGACGACGUUCCUCUUCUCCGCGACGAGGAACGUGCUGUUGGGCGUCGGCCAGAGCGUGAGAGCCCGGAUCGACGGCGUGAUGAGCGGCACAAACUACUCCGCCGCCUGCAACUCGCUGUUCGACACGCCGGCGAAGGCGGAGAACGGGACGUGCAUGGGGCUCGGCUGCUGCGAGGCGGAGCUCGCGCCGGAGCUUGGCAUGAUCACGGUCUCUAUGUACAAGCAGAGCAACAGCAUGUGGGAGACGUUCCCGUGCACCUACGCCAUGGUGGUCGAGAGGUCGUGGUACAACUUCUCCCUGCAGGACCUUUACGGAUACGAUGUUCUCGACAAGAAAUUUCCCGGCGGAGUGCCGCUUGUGCUCGACUUCGCCAUCAGGAAUGAAUCUUGUCCAGCAGAAGGCAAACCGUUGCCCACGGCUUGCCGUAGUAGCAACAGCCUCUGCGUCAACACGACCAACGGCCAGGGAUAUGUCUGCAAGUGCCAGGAAGGUUACGAGGGCAACCCGUAUCUACCAGAUGGAUGCCAAGACAUUGAUGAGUGUGAGCUUCGAGAUGAACAACCUGCGCUACGAGAUCAGUACCGGUGCUAUGGGAUUUGCAAGAAUACGAUAGGGGGAUAUGACUGUCAAUGCAAAUUUGGAACGAAAGGUGAUGCCAAAACUGGAACAUGCACACAGCUGUUUCCCCUCCCUGCAAUGGUGGCUACACUUGGCAUAAUCGGUCUCACAUCCAUAGUGGUUGUUGUAGUAUUGUUUAAGCUUUUGUUUGACGAGAGGAGAAAAACAAAAGAGUUUUUCAUAAAGAAUGGUGGCCCGGUACUAGAAAAGGUAGACAACAUUAAGAUUUUCAAAAAAGAAGAACUUAAGCCAAUAAUACAAUCAUGUAAUGUUAUUGGGAAAGGUGGAUUUGGGGAGGUUUACAAAGGACUCAUUGACGAUAAACUCGUUGCAAUUAAGAAAUCCAUUAAUGUAGACAAGUUACAAGAGAAGCAAUUCACAAAUGAAAUUAUUAUCCAGUCAAAAGUCAUCCAUAAGAACAUCAUAAAGCUCAUAGGUUGCUGUCUAGAGGUUGACGUUCCAAUGCUGGUCUAUGAGUUUGUUCCACGGGGAAGCCUCCACGACAUACUACAUGGCAAUAGGAAAGAGUCCCUCCCCUUACAGAAACGUUUGAAUAUUGCAGCAGGAGCAGCAGAAGGAUUAGCUUAUAUGCAUUCAAAAACCUCUACAACUAUUUUGCAUGGUGAUAUCAAACCUGGCAAUAUACUUUUGGACGAAAACUUUGAUCCCAAAAUAUCUGACUUUGGAAUAUCAAGAUUGAUUGCUAUAGAUAAAACCCAUACUAAAUGUGUGAUUGGAGAUAUGUGUUAUAUGGAUCCAAUAUAUCUUCAAUCGGGCUUGUUGACGAAGCAGAGCGAUGUAUACAGUUUUGGAGUGGUGCUCUUAGAACUUCUUACGAGACAAAAGGCAAGUUCUGGUGAAGAUACUAGACUGGUUACGACGUUUCUAGAUGCAUAUACAGAAGAUCAUAAGGGCGCUAUCGAUCUUUUUGACAGAGAAAUUUUAUUGGAGGGCGACACAGAAGUAUUCAACAAUCUUGCCAUCCUAGUAGUGGAUUGUCUGAAGUUCGAAGUGGAAAGAAGGCCAGAAAUGACAGAUGUAGAAGAACGACUUCAAACCAUGAAGAGAUCUUAUGUGCCAAAAAGCAUAUCUGAUGCUAGUAGCAGUAUAGAUACAUAAUUGCUUAUUAUUUGGGGAUAAUUAUAGCA